AUGGCAGAUCCCACCCUUUGCGAAGUCUGCAGGGCUUUACUUCGAGGAUCACGUAAAUUGGUGAGCUUUGACUGGAAAUUCGAGCACCAUGCAUCAUCGGAAUCAUUCCGUCAUGCCUACAAGCUGGGGUGCGAGAUCUGCAUACGACUCCACGCGGCUUUCAUGGAAGAACACAGCCGGCUGAGGGCAUUAGAGCUCCCGAUAGAUUGUAAGACAUCAGGAGAAUUAGAGACAGACGAUGAAACCUUGUUGUGGGGCCGCACAACAUACUAUCCGUUCAGUUCCUCCCCGAGCGGAUGCCCCUCCAUACACUUCUGGAAUCAUAGUAACGCUUGCACCACCGAGAUGACCAUGGUGAUUGGUAUGGUAGACUCAGUACGCAGCCUGUUUACGAGAACACGCUAA